AUGGACGACGAGGAGAUCGAGCUGGGCGUGUCGUCAGAGCUAGUCGCUGUCGACGAUGACGAUGCUCUGCCUGCCAACGUCCACCCCGACGCCGCACGCUCUUGCUCAUGGGUGGAGGCUAUGGCUGAGGAGACGCUGCUGCCUGGCACAGGCUGGUACGGCGUGCAGCAGCGGGUGGCGCCGGCGCUCGACUCGGCCCUCGCCGGCCACCUGGUGCAGGAGCAGGCGCGGCAAGUGGCGCUGUCACUAGCGGGACGGGCCUGGCGCACUGCGCACGCCAGGCACCUUCGGUUCAUGCCGACCCUCCUCGAGCCGCCGUUCAUGGCUCACUCGGUCCGGUCUGGUCUCGCCGACGCCAUCACCGCCGACGUCCUCGGUGCGCUCCACACACACCGCAUCGGCGCGCUGUACGCAUCGGCCGGUCGUGGCGGGCUCAUCGACGACUCGCGCGUGGCUGCCGGUGAGAACGCUGCCGAUGCCGCCGCUGCCGUCGCCACCUACCGCGACUCGGUCCAGCGCAUCCUCGUCGCUGGCAUCGACCGCGAGUGGGGCCGCCGGCUCGCCGCCGCUGACGCCGCCGCCGACGGGGACGACGAUGACGACGACGAGUGGCAGCUCGAUGGCCUCGGCGAGCUGAGCCGAACACACGGCGUCCCGCUCUCGCGCGACGAGUGGGAGGACCGCAAGUCUGUCCACUCGGCCCGCCUCCGCGCCCGCAUCCUCGAGCUUCAGGACGAGCUGCGCAUCCCGUCGGCUCGCGACACAGCCGCCGACGACGCUGCCGCUGACGACGCUCUCGCUGAUAACGACGAGCUCGUAGCCCGAGUCUCGGAGCUCACCCAGGCUCGCUCGGCCCAGACAAAGUACGAGGUCCUCGGCGAGGUCCUCGCCGCUCUCUUUGCCCGCCGCGCCAGCCUCAAUGCCCGCCUCAACGCCAUCCCUGGCCCGGCAGAAACGCAGGCCUUUUCGCGCGGCAAGCUCACCGAGCUCGUCGGCACCUCGCUGCCGGCCUCUUUCCGCCAGCACCUGUGGGCGGCGGCCGUGCCGGACGCCGAUCGGGCGAGCGACGAGGUUGCCCGCCCUGGCCUUGCCCGCCCUGGCCUUGCCCGCCGCAACAAGCGCACGCUCACGCCCAACAUCGACGCACUCAUGCGCAAGGCCGUGACAGACAUCUACGACGCCGAGCUCGCCGAGCUCCUGCCCGUCCCGCCUGACGAGCCCCCUCCGCAGCCUGCUGCCUCAACCGGCCCGCUCCGCGAGACUUAUCUCACCCGGACCUGUGACGUCGUCAACCAGCUCUACGUCGACGGCCAAGAGUACACCGCGCGCUUUGUCCUUCUCGCCUACCCGGUCAUCACCAUAUUUCCGCAUGUGGACGCCCCGCGCAACCUCGCACGCAUGGUGCUGGAGAUCAACCGCAAGUCGGCGCUCUCCGAGGCCGAGCUUGCCGCGCACGCCGCCAAGGCGUUUGCCCUGCUGGAAAACCUCGACCCGAUGGUCUUUCUCCAUCUCAAGGACGUAUACAAUCGGCGGACGUUUGGCGCGAGCUCCGCGUCGUCGUCGGCCAUCUCGCUCAUGACCGCCUCGUCGGCCGCUGCCCUUGUCCGGCCGUGGCUCGAGGCCUCAUUCAUCGGCUUUCUCCCGCACGACAUGCUCCUCUUUGUCUGGGACCAGCUACUUCUUGUCGGCUUCCACCUCUACCCGCUCCUUACGGCCGCCCUCCUCGCCGCCCUCAAGCCGCUCCUUCUUCCGGCCACCGCUCCCGAAGCUGUCGUCGACGUCAUCACCCGCGGCCUGCACUCGGUCUUUACCGUCGACGUCCAGCAAGCCUUCCUCAAGCUCUACCAGGAUGCAUACCUGUAA